GAAAACAAACGAAUGUGGGCAGCUUGUCAGGAUUGUUUACCUCCUCUAUCUUAUUUCUGUUUACUCUUCACCACUAAACGUAGUUAAAUAUUAAGGAAGAAAGAGUCCAUCCUUCUUGAAAACCGCAAUCAAGUAUCGAAUUUCGGAGUCAGCCGCGAGUUCAAAGUACUCCAGUUAGAACCGACUUGAAACAACUGUCUAAAAUGUAUUUGACGCUUGUGCUUUUCGUUGUAACAUUUUUAAAUGGUGGAGACUCGGCAAAGAGCGAGAGCGCAUUCAAGUCGAAAGAAAAUUACUGUCCUUAUUUUAAAAAUCGGGCACCCAAGCCUCAGCCAGAUCUCAAGAACUGCACAUGGUACAAAGAGAAAGCUUGUUGUCUUCAGACCGAAAUAGACCUUAUAUUUCCGCUGGUUCUUCCUCCGCUCGGAGCGAGCGACAAAUGUUUGCGCUACACGAAUUUCUUAAUGUGCUACGUGUGUGCACCGGACCAAAAUUUAUUCUACAAGGACGAAAGAUUGACUGUAUGUGAGUCUUUUUGCGAUAAAUGGUUCGCCGCCUGUGGUACCGCAAAACUUAAAGGAAUGAAAGUCAAGGAUUUGUUUGAGUCUGGAAAAGAUUUUUGCUUGGCGAGGAAAUUUCUGGUUGAAAGUGCAAGUGAGGCAGAUUGUUUCAGCUUUGAACAAAAAAUCCUGAAUUCAGCAAUGUCCAGUUUGGUCGCUUUUCCUUCGUUGUGGUUUUCUGGCAUUUCAACGAUAUUGAUACUGUAUGCUAUUUUCUGAAUACAAGUCGGUUGUUCACGAGGUAAGUGGUGUCUCGUCUUCUUACUUUGUAGCGAAUGUUUACUUUUAGAAAGGACAAUAUUGUGUCGUUAUUGUUUUUUUUUUAAUGUAAUCUUUUUCAGUGGAAUGAACCACAUGUUGCGUGACAAAAAGUAGGAACUGAGGGUCAUACGAUUUUUAAGGGGGUGGUACAGAUGUAUUUGUCAAGCUAAAGACUUUUGGGAAAGUUAGUCCCGAGGCAAUACUUGAAGAAAAUAAAAUAAUCUGUUGAAAAGGUCGACAGCAUUAAAUCAGGCACUGAUCCCAUAAUAUACAAUGCAUUUCAUACAACUACUUGUAUUGAUGUGCAUUCACCAAGGAGGGGAGGUGAGGGGAGGUGCACGUGGGGAUUAGACCAAACCUUUAAAGAAAUCUUGGGACACAAUAGUUACUGGCCAGUGAGACUAGUCCCAUUGUAAAAAGAAUUUCACUGUUUGUCAUUCCUGUACCAGACCAGUCUAAUAAUUACAAAUAGCAUGCACCGUUCAUGUAGUUAUGUGUUUUCAUUGAAAACUCUUGGGGAAAGUUUUUUCCAUAAAGAACCUACCAGUGCAGUUAGGCAGUGCUGAUGUUUAGUAAGUGCACUUGGUCAAUUUCUUCUAGGUACCACGGGAGAAGGCAGCUGUAAAUCAAAUGUGCAGAACACUCGACCAUGCCUUUUCAUGGGAAAUAUUUUUUAGGCAACCCUAAGAUUAUGACAUCUGCUUUACUUUAAUUUUGUAGUUUUAAUGCAGGGGAAAUAGUGUGAAGAAAACACAAAAAUAAUUUCUCAUCAUAAUUUGCAAAAUAAAAUUGCAAAGAGCAAACAACUACACUACACAAGGUGAGGGGUGGGGGAAUCCUAGAAGCAAAGUUUCAUUUUUCUUUGCAUUGCCAUAAUUUCCCAGGCAACAUUCCAAAAAAUAAAAGCAUUUUAAAAAUUACUAGCUAACUGUUCAAACGUUUUCUUUAAUCCUAGAAGAGCCACUCCCAGAGCCUGGCUGCAUCUGCUUGGCAUUAAUUGAACUGUGGAAUAAAUUCUUCAAUGAUGAAACAAAAUUAAUGACUGAUGAGACAUGUUAAGUACAACAUUGAAGUCUAGCUCCUUGCAAAU